UCGCCGUAAGCUACAAGUCGCUCAAGAGGGCAUGCAUCCUCCCUGAACCUUCUUCUUCUUUCCUUAUUCAAACGAACUACUCCCCGCUUUGCCAGACUCCGCCGCCAUCCGAUGGCUACGGCACCGCAUCUCCACUCUCUAUCAGACCACUAGCGAACCCAUAAACACAUUCAUUCUCUUACUACUGUCCUUACCACCAACAAUCACACUCAUUCUUUAUACCUGCGGUUCAGCCCGGUGCUGUGCCUGCCCUUAAUAACACCGCCAUGCCUUACCGCUCCUUCAUAUGCCGACUGCUCUUCUGCGCCGUAUUCUCCGUAUCCGUUCUCAAUAUCUUCACCAGGGCCACUCAGCCCCGCUUUCACGCCGGAAAAGCCUCCAACCAUCAUCUUACUGAAGAAACUUUCUGUCCAAAGUCCAAGCUCGCUGAUGACGUUUUGGUCGUCUUGCGAACCGGAGCCACCGAAUCACAAGAAAAGGUGCCAGUGCACUUCCGUACCACCUUGCGAUGCGUUCCCCAUUUUGUUGUGCACUCGGACCUGGAUGAGGACAUAGAGGGACACGCUGUUCACGACGUGCUCAAAGGAGUUAGCGAAGAGACGAAGACGACGAAUGAGGAUUUCAAGUUGUACCACCAACUCCAAGAGCAUGGAAGACGAGGUGUAAAGCAGCAGCAGGUUCUCACAUCAUUGUCCGGCUCGUCGCAAGGGGAUUACUUGCGAACUGACAAUGCUGGAUGGCAGCUGGACAAGUGGAAAUUCUUACCUAUGAUCGACCAGGCGCUAGAGGAGAAGCCGGAUGCGAAGUGGUACUUCUUCAUGGAAGCGGACACGUACAUGAACUGGAACAACCUUUUGGAAUUUCUUGGCAACUUUGACGACAGCAAGCCCUACUACAUUGGCAAACAUCUGUUCAUCAAUGAGGUCGAGUUUGCGUAUGGUGGCGCCGGAUUUGCCCUUUCAAAUCCAGCCAUGCAGAGAGUCGCAUCGCGACGAUCUGAGCGCAUUAGUGAAUAUGAGGAGUUCACAAAGACACAUUGGGUUGGAGACUGCGCACUCGGCAAAGUACUUGAAGACGUACAUGUUCCUCUUCAUCGCGCAUUCCCACACUUCCAAGGCGAUUCCCCAGCCACCCUCGACCCCGCAGUCUCCAAGAUUGACCGCGAUCUAUGGUGCUUCCCUGCCGUUACCUACCACCAUGUCGCCCCUGCUGAAAUCGAAGAGCUUUGGGAUUUUGAGCAAGACUGGUAUAAACGACAUCAAAUUCUCCUACGCCAUCGAGACGUGUUCAUGGAGCUUGUGCGACCAAAGAUCGACGCAUCAGUCCCUGGGUGGGAUAACAUGUCAGCAGACAAGGAGUACAAUGCGCACGAUCAUUCGGCUGUAGAGAAUGAACUUGAGCGAAAUGCCUGGAAAUCUUUUGAGCACUGCCGUGCAUUGUGCGAGGAGCAGGAUAACUGCAUGCAAUUCUCCUUCGACGCAGGGAGCUGCGGCAUAUCCACAUCGUUCAGAUUGGGUUACGCGAAGCCGCAAGGAAUGAUGAGGAGUGGAUGGAUGCUGGAUCGUGUAGACGACCUAUUCAGGAGCUUAGAAGAGCAGUGUGGCCUGCGAGAUUGGUUCGCGCCACAGGAGAGUACCACCAACACGGAGUUGAAGAUGAAAAUGAGGCGGAAGAGGACGGUCACCUUCCCUACACAACCCUAGGGGACGAACACCGCUUGCAUAACAGCAUCAGAAAGGCGUUUUAGGAUUAGUUUUUUUUUCUGGAGAUGAUACCCCCCAACAACACUCGCUUGCAUAGAUUCAUAAGUUUCACUACAUAGUCAAAGGCUGCACUGCGCAUGACCUAAAUGAAGAAAUCAAAAAAAUAAUCAACUAAGCA